CGUGGAAGGUUAAUUAACGUUAAAGUUUCUAGGCACUUUUUCACAUCUCGUGCGUUGAAUAAUUGUUCAAAACUACAAAAUACUCAUCUAUCUGUUCACGAGUCGUUUCGUGCGUGAAUAAAUUCCCAAAAUCAGAAGGUUCGGUCGUUUGUUUACAACUUUAAGCGUUCGUGACAUAUGUCUUGUGGUACACAGCAGUCCAUUUUCAUGAACCGCCGUGAUGAAAAUUAUCGUGCUUAUGGUGAGAAUGUGAGAUCCUUGAUCGCUGUCUCAUCUUUUCAGUCCAAAAAUCGUCGCUUUUUUCGGAACUUGACCUCUCAUCUCAUUCUGUAAACCUAGCGACCAUAAAAGUCAAUCAAAAUGUGCACAACUUUUCGAUAACGAGUGACACCCGGAGCCUAUAUGGAUUUCGCAUGAGAAGCCCAGUGCCAGUCACCUUCCAUUUGAAACUUUGCACUCCAAAGAAAUAAGAGUGGAAAACUUUUGCGUCUGUCAAGUCUCGGCCAAAUAAGUCUUCAGAAAGGUUGAAACGGUUGAAAUGGAGAGUUCCGAGGAACCGACGAGCCUGCAGUCGAUUUGCCAACUGCGUGCCUCCGAACUCUACCCAAAGACCUUGAGCUUUGAGUGCGAGGACAACACUCUGGCUCUGCCGUUCGUACCGGUCUUUGGAGAAUCGGUUGUGGCACUCGGACGAACUUCUGAUGGACUCCUGUCACUUUCGAAUUACAGACUCUACCUCCAAGCAGGAAAAGCAUGCAACAACAUCCCCGUCGGUGUAAUCGAAACUGUCGAGGUCAAGGAAAUGUUCUAUCUCCAUAUUGGUUGCAAGGACGCUCGUUCUUUAAGUUGCUCAUUUUCUACGAAUGAACAUUGUCUGGAAUGGUACAAGCGGUUACACAAAGUGAUAGGCCCUCGGAAAAGCAUGGAAGAUGUUUUUGCUUUUGCUUACUAUGCAUGGUCCACGGAAAAUCCGGAAGAUCACAAAGGCUAUCCCAGACUUGGGAAGGAGACUAGUUCGUACCUGACGACUUUCAAAGCAGAAGUGGAAAGAUUGAGGUUCAAUCUUCAUGGGAGUUGGAGAAUAAGUCAACUCAACAAGGAUUACCGAAUGUGCCCCUCUUAUCCCCCACAGCUUCUCGUACCAGCUUGCAUUUCAGACGACACUCUCGAAAUAGUUGCCAAAUUCAGGAGUUCACGAAGAAUACCUGCCGUCGUUUGGAGAAAUGUCAAAAAUGGAGCGGUGAUAGCUCGUAGUAGCCAGCCAGAGGUUGGCUGGCUAGGUUGGCGAAGUAAGGAGGAUGAAGAUCUUUUGAAGGCUCUUUCUGAUGCGUGUUCAUAUGACAGAGGGGAAACAAUUAUCGAUUCGCCCAUUAAUUAUCCUGAGGCAGGAGAGGAGACUGCGCCAGCGAACAACGCCAGUGCAAAAAAAGUACUAAUCGUUGAUGCAAGGUCUUACACGACUGCGGUGGCGAAUCGAGCGCGAGGUGGAGGCUGUGAAUGCCCGGAGUAUUAUCUCAGUUGUGAUAUUCAGUUCAUGAAUCUUGCAAACAUACACUCAAUUCGAAAAAGCUUCCACGCGGUGAGACAGCUCUGCGCAUCUGAUUCGGAACAACCGAAUUACUUGAGCUUAUUAGAAAACACACGAUGGUUGCAACACAUGUCGGGAUUACUGCAAGCAGCAGUAACGGUCGCAUCAGCGAUCGAGACGGAAGGACGGCCAGUAUUAGUUCAUUGUAGCGAUGGAUGGGAUAGAACGCCUCAAAUUGUAGCAUUGGCUCAGAUUUUACUCGAUCCGUAUUAUCGGACAAUGGAGGGUUUCCAAAUUCUGUGCGAAAGGGAAUGGCUCGAUUUUGGCCACAAAUUUGCAGACAGAUGUGGACAGUCAGUAGGCGGUGAGGAUCCGAAUGAACGUUGUCCAGUAUUUUUACAAUGGCUUGACUGCAUUCACCAGUUAAUCAAACAGUUUCCUUGUUAUUUUCAAAUGUCGCCUGCAUAUCUUGUUAAAUUAGCACAACAUACGUAUUCGCAACUUUUUGGAACCUUCCUUUGUAACACGAGGCAGGAGAGGCUUAGAGAGAGAAUACAGGAACGCACAUAUUCAGUAUGGCGUUUUCUCAAUUCCAAUUGCUUUAUAAAUCAUUUGUAUUCACCUCUGAAAAAUCAAGUAUUAUGGCCCAGUUGCAAUGUGAGGGACUUGUCACUUUGGUCAGAAGUUUAUCUGGGUUCCCUGGAAACGUCUCUUGGAGUCAGCGACAUAAAACAGAGGAUGACAAUGAUCGACAGUGAAAAUGGCGAAAACGAGGAACCUCAGGGACAAAUGACUAAAACUCGAUCGUAUGGUGACCUCAUUCGUGCACAAGAUCAUUUGGCUCGUAUUCAUCGAAGGCUCAGUGAUCCCAGUAUUUCUAUUGAGAAAAAAUUCGAUAUCUUGAAUCUUGAAAAUCAAAUAGAAAAGGAUGAGAUCGCCGACAAUGAAAAACUUGAUGAAAUAGUCGAGAAGCAGAAGGAAGCUGAUGAAAAAAGAAGUGCGUUUAGUGUUAAGAAAGAACCAAACAAAGUACCCUCAAAUACGUCCGGAGAUAGUUCGACUGAUACCUUGAUUCCUAAUAACGACCUUGCCAUUAUAGGUACCACGAAUGGCGAAAUAGAAGCAUUACAAGUAAGUCCAACGCAAAAUGUAGAAUCGCAAUUGAUUGAGCCGGGAACAAGUCGAAGGAAUUGUAAUUGCAAUCGUGUUCAUGCUGAAUGCAGUGACUUGAGUGAAACAAGUGCGCCGCUAAUUUCUCUGUCACCGAGCAGUGUUUGUCCACCGUCUCCCAUCCAUCAGGAAGUCAUAAUCGAUAAUCCUGAUAGGCUCGAUGACGUAGAUGGCCUUCCUUUGAUUCAUUGCGAUAUUCAGCUCCGAGUUCAACAAAUCAUUGUGGAACACAAGCUCAAGGAAGAAGCAUUGCGGAAAGAACUUCAUACAAAUAGAUUGGCGUUGAUCAAACAAGUCUGCUGCAAUCACACUGCAGAUACUGAUCGAAUCGAUGACAUAGGUUCGCUUCCUGAUUCCAUGGGGAGUACUGGUGACCAUGGGGAAUCUAUACCGUCUGACAUGUCCUGGGAAGCAGUAGAAGAAUUAGCACCAGCUCCAACGCUUUGGGUACCUGAUCAUGCCGUCGAUCAUUGUAUGGGUUGCGGCAUCGAGUUCUGGCUGGGAAGACGUAGACAUCACUGCCGAUCGUGUGGCAGAGUUUUUUGCGCAGACUGUUCGGAGAAUUCAACCCCGUUACCAAGUGAGCAACUUUACAAUCCAGUAAGAGUGUGCAGCGACUGCUUUUGUCGACUUCAUCAUCGAACUAGUCCAUGCCAGUGCAAUGCUCAUGACCAGAGCAAAAUAGAGAAUGACAUGGUGGACACUGGGUUGAAUUUUGAAGGAGCUUUAUCCUGCCAAAGAGCAGCAAAGGUCCCAUCUAUGGCAGAAGCAAGCACCGUGAACUGAACGAAACAAAUGAAAGCUUUCUCUCGACGGAAAUGUGAAAAUGUAACUUAACGCCGACACCGAAUAGUGAGUGUUGAAUUUAUACAUAAUUUGUAUGGUAUACAAUGCGUGAACAACGCGCUAGAUUAAUCAAGCGAUCUAAUAUUUAUUGUUAGCAUUAAUAAUUUGUACGAAAUGGUGUAGAAUUGAUGAGGAGGAAACGAGCAUGGCAGAUUUGAAUGAGCGACGAUACCAGACAUCAUGCAUACCCUUGAAAUAGAGUCAGGCGAUGAAUUUUGACUCCUUGGUAUGGAAAUUCUGGGUUUUCGAUUUAGGUUUCGACUCGAAAAGGAUGAGGCACGUUUAGAGCAGGCUGUGAACGAAGUUUUAAGUUUUAGACGUCGUAUUGUUGGAUUUGCUAAUUUAUUGUUGGUUCUAUUGCUAAUGAAAGAAAAUUUUAUGUAUAGUUUCGGUAGAGAAUAAUUGGACUACUAAAUGUCAUUACGGUGUUUUGAACGUAUUUUUCGGUCUCAAAUUCUCCACUUCUGAUAUUUUCUGACCUGACUCGUCUGAUUCUUGAAGGAGCGCGCACGUGAUAUUUCGCGCUCUUUCGUUUUUUAAAAUUCUGAUCUAAUCUAAGUACAAUGGUCUGAAGGAUUGCAGAUUUUAAUGCUCCGAGAUUCGCGACGAUGAUGGCCAUGAUUAGAUACUGAUUGCUGAGUCAACCUUUGAGAAAGGUUGUGGUUUCGCUAUCAAAGCUGGUACUUGUAAUGAUGGAUAUUUAUACAAUAUUGUAUCGGCGGCUAAAAUAUCAUACGCUCUGUACAUACUGACAAGUUGAUAUGUAUAUCGAAGAUCAUUGCAAAGAGUAAAGUUUUUCGUGAUCGGAACUAUUUAGUUGUGACCCCGUAGUCCUAACAGCGAUUGCACAUACACAUCUGCGGAGUGAAUAAAUAAAAUUGUUUAUUUAAAGUAAUAA